UCUUCUUCUUCUUCCGCUUUUCUGAACUUUUUCCCAAAAUAUUCUCUGCGUAUCCCCAAUCAGUUUCCAUUCCUUAUCCGUAUCAUAAUCCUGAUUCCCUUUUCUUUCCUCCUUCCGAUUCCCACUUUCUCUCCGAUUUCAUCAAAUUUUCAUUUCCAAUUAUAAAAAUCCAAUCCCCUGCGAUCUCCUCAUCGCGCCAAUUUUUUAUCUCCUUUCCUGAUCGAUCGAUCGAUUGAUUAAUGGUGGUGAGGCUGGUGCGAUGGCCGUCCUGGCCGCCGUUCUCGUCCAGAAAAUACGAGGCGAUCAUCAAUCUCCGCCGCCUGGAAGGACUGACGAAGAACAAUCUGAAGGAUGCGAGGGGUUUAGUGGUGGAGAUCAAGUGGAAGGGGCAGAAAAUCAUGGGGCUCAGUUCGUGGAGACGCUCCGUGAAGAGGAAUUACACGGAGAAGGGCAAUGUCUGUGAGGGGGAGGAAUUGGCAUCAUCGGUGGAUUGGAAUGAAGAGUUCAGAAGUUUGUGUUCCAUUUUGCGGGGUUCGAAAGAGGAUCUGAUUCCUCCAUGGAAGGUUUCAUUGACACUUCUGCAAAAAGGAGAAAACCAAGUACUUCGAAAUAGUUACUCCGUAAUCGGAACAGCAUCGCUAAACCUAGCAGAAUAUGCAGCUUCAGCUGAUGGAAAGGAGAUUCAGAUAAGCCUUCCAUUGAAGGUUCGUGGAAGCACUGCAGAGUUUAGCCCCUCGCUCCUUUUAUCUCUCAGACUAUUGGAACUGAGAACUGAUACAAAGCCCAUGAGGAUGGUCCAGAGGUCGAUUAUGCCCGUGACGCUCUCCCCGCCUUCGUCGUUGGCUUUGUCUACAGAGAAAGAUGGGUUAGCUGCAAUAAGAGCAGGUCUGGAUAGAGUAAAAAUAUUUAGACAUUGUGUGUCAGCUGGAAGACCUAAUAAGGAAGUAUUCCAUGAAGAAGAGAUUGCUACUGUUAAUAGGUUUUAUAUUAAAGAUAAGGAUUCUUCUCAAAGUUCUUCGCCUGACUCGGAUUCAUAUGAUGAUGCUGGAAGGGGGGAUUCAUGUGUUAGGCAGCCAUUUGGUUAUGAAAAACUAGCCCAUGCCAACCAUGUGGCGGGAUUGCUCCUCCCGAACACGAUGGCUGACGAUGAAGAUGAAUGUUGGAUCUACUGUGGAAAUGGUGCAGAAUGCUUGGACAUUGUUGAUAGUUCACAAACUCUUCAGCAGAACUCAAUGCGCAAAAUCUUGUCAUGGAGGAAGAGAAAACUAAGCUUCAAGUCUACAAAAAAUAGAGGAGAGCCUCUUCUGAAGAAACAUUAUGGUGAAGAUGGUGGAGAUGAUAUCGACUUCGACCGUAGGCAGCUCAGCACAAAUUUGGUUUACUCUGGGUGGUAUAAUCUGGAACUAUCAGCAGCUGCAUUUGGAGAUGACAACUUUGCUGUGGGUACUUGGGAGCAGAAGGAGGUAACGAGUCGUGAUGGGCGCUUGAAAAUUGAAACUGAAAUCUUCUUUGCCUCUAUCGAUCAAAGGAGCGAGCGAGCUUCUGGGGAAAGUGCCUGCACGGCUCUAGUUGCUGUCAUUGCUGAUUGGUUGCUAUCCAACCAAGAUGAAAUGCCCAUCAAGUCUGAACUAGACAAUUUGAUCAGAGAUGGAUCCGCAGAAUGGAGGAACCUUUGUGAAAACAAGGAAUACAUGGAGCAGUUCUCUGAUAAACACUUUGAUCUUGACACAGUAAUUGAUGCAAAAAUCCGACCUCUAUGUGUUGUUGCAGAGAAAUCGUAUGUUGGGUUCUUCCACCCAGAAGGGUUAGAGGAAGAGGAGGGAGUUUUCGAGUUCCUUAAAGGCGCCAUGUCUUUCGACACCAUAUGGGAUGAAAUCAGCCGCCUAGCAGCAGACCUUCCAACUAACGCUGGCGAAUCAUUAGUCUACAUUGUAAGCUGGAAUGACCACUUCUUCAUCUUGAAGGUUGACAGGGAUGCUUAUUACAUCAUAGACACUCUGGGUGAGCGGCUUUACGAGGGGUGCAAUCAGGCAUAUGUUCUGAAAUUCAACAAGGAGACGGUAAUUCGUAGAUUACCAAAUAACACAACACAAUCAGAGAAGAAAACUGAAACAAAGCAAUCAAAGAGCUCGGAGUCAUCAGAGGAGAAAACCUCCAUUGAAACAAAGCAAUCAAAGAGCUCGGAGUCAUCAGAGGAGAAAACCUCCAUUGAAAUAAAGCCAUCAGAGAGCUCGGAGUCACCAACAGAGGAAAAACCAUCUACUGAUGUGCCACAACUGAACAAUACAGAGAGGCUUCAGGAAAAACCAUCCAUUGACGUCGUUCGACCAAGCAACUCUGAAGAAGCUUCAACAGCAGAACCACCUAGUAGCUCGAAAGAAGCUUCGGAUGAGAAGAAUCCGGUGGAGAUUCCAGAUGAGUCAAGAAAUGGUGAUGUAGAGGAAGAGGAGGUUGUUGUAUGCACAGGGAAGGAAUGCUGCCAUGAAUACAUCAAGAGCUUUCUUGCUGCAAUUCCGAUCAGGGAAUUGCAGGAAGAUGUGAAGAAGAAAGGCUUGAGUUCAUCAACGCCCCUUCAUCAACGGCUGCAAAUAGAAUUCCACCGUGCCAAAGUGAUUUUGGAGGCAGAGGAUCAAAUUUUCCCAAAAGCAACGACAGAGGAUUAAUUAUAUAUAAAGUUGACUCAAAAGCACUGUUUUAGUUUUAAUUAACUUCUGUAUUAAGUUUUGAAGAAUUUUCUUGUUUAGACUACUGUAAAAUGAAAAUAAAUUAAAUAUUGAAGAGGGCAUAAAUUAAAUGUUUAUAAUGCCCAUUAAUUCCUUGUUCAAUUAUGGCUUCACAGAUUUAUGAAACAAUUUUAUUUUUGUAAAACAAUAUAAUCACCAACUUAGUACUAAUCUCCAAAAAAAUAAAAAGUAACUUAUGUAUGGGCAUCGGUUAAGUUCCAAUAUCUUAUUUUAAUUUAUCAUAAAUUAUUCAAAAGUUAAUAGGAUCUAAUGAUUUUUUAACUCAUGUACACAAAUUAUGAACUCAUAACCAACACAUUCAUCUCAUUAGUUAACUUCAAAUCUCCACUCCCACAUUAACCAAUUUACAAAAAUUAGAUAACUAGCAAUGAUAAGCGACCACCAAAAAAGCAACCAAUGCCAGCAGCGAAACUCCAAAUCAAUAACUUAAUUCUUCAGUUCUACAUCGAGAUGAUGGGCUCCUUAUUCGACUACUCUACUAAAGAAUUUUAAGUGAAAGCAGCGAGUAUUACUAUUAUCACUCAGCUACUGAGAAUGAGAAUAUUCUUGUUGAGUAUUAUAAGCGAUCGCCUUCAAAAAAAAGCCUCAUAAAAAAAAA